UGUGGCUUCCCAUGGCACCACAUUACAUCACAAUUGUGAUGUCAUAAAUGAUUGUAUUCUGGUAUGAUGACAGCCUAAAAGGUUUGCCAUAGCAUUACUGUCAUAUUACAGCAACACUUACAAGUUCAAUUCAUGGUCAAAAUCAUUGCUAUAUUUUGGAUGGUUAUUUUGGUGGUAAGUAGUUGUGACCACUUGUGAUUUAGUGUGAAAAGGCCUACUUUGUGGCACAAUUUAAUUUAGAUGAUUUGAAUAAUAUAAUCAUAUUUUUAAGCCAUAUUGUAUCUUUUUCAGGAUUACUGUAAUUGAAGGAACUAUGGGAAAGUUCUCCUUUCCAAGGCUCAUCAUAAGAAUGCCAUGGGCAAAUCGGACUGCACAGGAUGAUUUCUGCACAGGAACUACUGAACUUCACGGGCCCAGAACACACCAGCCUCACAACUCCUCACAACUCCCCAGCCUUAAUGUGUGUAGGCGGGACAAGGAGAACACCGAUUCUAUCCAGAAGAAGAGGAAAAAGAAGAGGCUAAAUGAGAAGGGAACCCAGGUUGAACUAGGCAUGCGGGAGGAUAUCCAUGACCUUGACCUCGCCCAUUGGAGAUUGGCUAGAGAGACAUGGAGAACUGAGCGAGGAAACAUGAGGGAGAUUAAGGCGCUGUAUGGAGAAAUAUUUAGGCUGCACCAACUCUUGGAGGAGAUUGGGGUGGAUAAAGGGGUGAUCAAGCAGCGCUCCACCUCCUCCAUUAUUUGUCCCGUCUCCCCGACACUGCCAGCUUUCCCCUGGUACAACCACCACAGGUACCUCGCCAACAGCCAAUCGGAGCCUGACCAGCAUGCUGCCGGCACCCAGAAGGACCCACCUAAGAAACACUCAAUCUUUCCCCCUCUGGACACACAGAGCUGCACCUCCCCUGAAAAAUGGCCUCAUUCUCCGUCCAAGACAUCACACCCACACGCUUCACACCGAUUUGCUGUCCCGUCCCACCUCCUGGCUUCCGGCCCUCCUGCCCGGAUGAGACAGACCCAUCUGCAGGUCCACCCCAGGUCCCCAUUGACUGGCCAGGCAAAGGUCAAGGAUGAGGUUAAGAGGCCAGAGACUGCAUCGUCUGAGGAAUUGUCUGAGGAAGUUCAACGGAGAGGAGCAGAAAUUGCAAGCAUGUAUAAAGCACAGCUGAAAGAGAGGAUGGCCCAAAAGAGAAAGGAAGAGAUUCUGAAGAAAAUGGCAAACAGCGAUGACAAGAACGAUGACACUGAGGCCUCCUGCUCCUCUGCAGUAAAACGAUCUAAUACCCCUGCCACAGCCCCAGAGCGCCCGGCAAGCCCAGAGGCCACGCCAGUGGCCGCCCGAGAGGACACUCAGGAGGACACCCAGCAGGACCUGGCAGAGGUUGUGAAUGUGCUCAAGAGGAAAUCAUCUGAUCUAUACCUGCCUGACGAGGUUUGUGAGGAGUCACUCACAUGGAAAUCCAUUUACGAGGAGCUGUGCCCGCUCGCUCACAGAGUGAACACAGAAGCUGACUACAUCAAGGCGCUCCGCGUCAUCACUGAGAAUGCUGUGACUCCCUCGUGCUCGUCUGAGGAUGAUGUAUCUCAGAGUGUGAGUGAGGACACAAGUCAGGAGGGGAGUAGUGAAAGUGAGGAGAGCAUGAGUGGACAACAGCAGAGAUGUCUACACAGGGAUCCUUAUGGUAAGAGGGACAGGAAGGAGAUUGAUAGUGGUAAAAUGGAAGGGAGAUUUGCAACCGCCAAUGCAAUGUCUAUGAUGGCGAGCCGAGGGAUAGAAGAACUUAAUUCCAUGAGCUACGCAGACAGGAUCAAAUAUUUCAAGUAUGAGGCUAAGAGAAAUGAAGAGAUGAUGAAGAUUGAAAGGAGGAAGGAAAAAGCCAGGGACGAAGAGCUCAAAAAGUGGGAAAAGAGGCAGAAGAAAUUGAAUGAGGAGGAAAGGAAAAGGACAGAAAAUAUGGAAAAAAACAAGUUAGAGGAGCAGAGGAAAAGGGAGAAGGCAGAGAUGAAACUAAAGAUUGAACAUGAGAAAAAGAGACAAGAACAAGAGAAAAAGAGAGAGAAAAAAGAAAGAAAGCAGCAGGAGAUGCAACAAAAGGCCCGUGCAAAAGAAGAGAAAAAGAGGGCAGAGGAAGAGAAAAAGAUGGAGAAACAGAGAAUGGAGGAGGAGAGGAACAGGGAAAAGGAGAGAAUGAAGGUGUUGGAGAUGCAGCAAAAGGCACGAGAGAAAGAAGAGAAGAGGAGGAAAGAGGAACAGAAAAGGAGAUUGAAGAUACAGCAGGAACAAGAGAAGGAGGAACAGAAAAGGCAGACAAGGAUACGGGACGAGGAUAAGAAGAGAGCAGAGCUUCAAAGAAUAAAAGAUCACGAGGCCAGGUUCAAAAUGGAGAUGGAGAAACUGUAUGAGAGAGAAGAGAGGAAUGCACAGAUUGAAAGAGAAAAGAGGCGUGCGCUGUGUCAGAAAAAAGGACAGACACAGAGAGCAAAACAGGUGGUGGCAUACGAGGUCACAGCGUCUACAUCUGACGCCUCUGUGCGGAGGGAAGAGAGGGAGCAACGUCCAGAGACCGCUCACGCACAGUCUGCAAAGAGGAGAACAAGGAAGAAGCAGAAGAAAGCGGCGGACGAGGCAUCGACAACUUUUCAGUAGAUGACAAAAGAAAGGGAGCAGACAAAAGAAGAAAUGUACAAGUCAAUGCUCCUAGUUAUGUUGAUAGAUGUAAAUAAACAACAAAUUAGUUUGUUUUAAAGAGUAAAAACAAUCAAAAAAAUGAGAAAAUAAGCAAAAGGAGGAACAAAUUAUAAGGAAGCCAGGCCUGAGGGUGAAGAGGAGGAAACAUGAGAGACCAGAGUGGUUUAUCAGGAGGGAAGUAGGAGAUAUAGAAUUCAAGUUCUGAUGGACAGAAUCAUGAAGGACCAUGGGAUAAAAGGUAAAUGAGAUUAGCAGUAAAGAAGAGCGGAGUGGAUCAAAAGAAAGUUAUGGAAAACACAAGGAGGGAGGCAAGAUAAACAGAGACCCAGAGAAAAGAGGUGAAAACACUAAGAGUAAUAGAGAGGAGAUUGAAUUAGAUUUCUGAUGGACAUAUGGCCAAAAUAAAUAUCUCAAUAACUAAGGAUUAGCAGAUAAGGAGAAGACCAAGAGCACAGGAAAAAUAACCAACAGACGUCAAAAAGAAAGGAAGUCUGCCUCUUCUACUUCUCUUUUAAAGUUGCUUUGGUUUCCUUUUGUCCUCUUUCUAAGCCUGUUCAAGUCUCAGAUAGAUGAAAAGAGCAGCCAAAGAAACAGAUCUGUUGAAGCAUCAAUUGGAAAGGAUGGGAGGGUUGGAGGAGGAGCACAGCUGGAUGACUACAUUAGGUAAGUGUUUACUAUCAAAGCCUGUUCUCUGUAGACAACUGUAUUAGUGUUGACAGAAGUAUGUUUAGGUAAUGUUGUUCAACUCAAACACUACAAUUCCUGAUCUCAUGUGAUUAUUCACCUCAAGUGAGUGGGCUUUCAGAUGUUUUUUUUCCUGAAACAGAUUGUGGCAUAUGAGGUCUCUUUAUCUGCUGAAGCAUCAAUAGGAAAGGAUGAAAGGGAGGGAGGCAGGAAGAGGAAAACACAGAAGAGCAGAUGAGGUAAGUGCUUGGGCUUGUGAUGAGAGGAUAGGGGCUCCACAACUGGGGUUAAUGAUUGAACAUUUUCAGACUAAUGUAUAACUGU